AUGGGGUAUAAGUUUGAAAUUAAGGACUUGGAGAAUCUGAAAUACUUCCUUGGGAUGGGAAUUGCCAGAUCUAGAGAGGGUAUCUCUGUAUCCAAGAGGAAAUACAUCCUUGAUGUGUUAACUAAGACAGGUAUGUUAGAAUGUCGUCCCACUGAUACACCUAUUGAGCUCAACGUCAAACUCAAAGAUACAAGUGACAAAGUUCUAAUAGACACAGAAAAGUAUCAGUGCCUGUUCAUGCAAACUCCUUACAAAGAAGACAUGAAGGCAAUAAAUCGAAUCAUGAGAAAAUCUACCUUUGGGUACUGUACUUUUGUAUGGGACAAUCUCGUCACUUGGAGAAGCAAGAAGCAAGGGGUUGUUGCUAGGAGUAGUGCUGAAGCUGAAUACAGAGCCAUGAGUUUGUGA